AACGAAAUCUUGAAGGUGUCCGAAUAUUUCCGGGCCAGGACCCUACGCACGUCUACGUGGGGUGGGUGACCACCCAGUACCACCUGCACUCGAAGGACUUCAACCAAAACCAGGUGCAGAAAGCGUCGGUUAUACUCGUGGACGACUACGAUCGGGUCAUCGAUUGCGUGGAUCGCCAAUCCUGCUACAUGCUGCGGGCCGACGAGCUUUACAAUGAGGUCACGCAGGACGCGUCGGGGAAGGGGGCCUCGCAAGGAAUGUUUAUCGGGUGCUUCUUGGACGCGGCCACCGGCGUUAUCUCGUUCACGUGCGAGGGGAAGGAAACCAAGCACAGAUUUAAGAUGGAGCCGGAGACGAAACUAUUCCCCGCCAUAUUCGUCGAGGCGACUAGCAAGGAGGUGCUUCAAAUUGAAUUGGGCCGAACCGCCACCACGUUACCGCUUUCGGCCGCCAUUUUGCAGAACAGCGCCAGACACGUCGUCCCUCAAUUCCCCCCGCGUCUCAAAGUGCAAUGCCUGAAGCCGCACCAGUGGGCUCGCGUGCCCAACAACAACCUGCAGGUCCACGCGCUGAAACUGUCCGACAUUCGCGGCUGGUCGAUGCUGUGCGAGGACCCCGUCUCCAUGCUAGCGCUGCAUAUUCCCGAGGAGGACCGUUGCAUCGAUAUCUUGGAGCUGAUCGAAAUGGAGCGCCUCCUCAGCUUCCACGCGCACACGCUGACUCUGUACGCGGCGCUCUGUUUCCAGAGUAACUAUCGCGCCGCGCAUACUCUCUGCAAGCACGUGGAUCAUAAACAGUUGCUGUACGCGAUCAAGUCGGAGUACAUGAGCGGUCCAUUGAGGCAGGGCUUCUACGAUCUUCUCAUAGCCUUGCACUUGGAAUCUACGGCGACGACCAUGGACGUCUGCAAGAACGAGUACGUCAUCCCCUUGGGUCAGGAACUGAAGGAUCUGUACGAGGAUCCCGAGAUGGGGCACAGUCUGCGCAAGCUCGAUACGGUAUCGGUCAAGCCCCAGAUGAAGAUGAGCGAAAUUGGGGACACGAUCGAGAAAAUCAAGACGCUCUACUCGCCAUAUUUCGAUCUCGAGGAGGUGCGCAAUUACGUCAUGCAGGCGCUGGCGGAGGCCGUCCAGAUUAACCAGCUGCACAAUCGCGAUCCCAUCGGUGGCUCCAACGAGAAUCUUUUUCUGCCUUUACUGAAACUCGUCGAUCGACUGUUGCUCGUGGGGCUGCUGCUCGAUGAAGACAUCGAAAAAUUACUGGUAAUGAUCCACCCUGAAACGUGGGAUCCCGAAUUCGAGAAGGAUGGAAAAGAUGAGCAUCGCAAGGGCCUGUUGCACAUGAAGAUGGCGGAGGGGGCGAAGUUGCAAAUGUGCUACUUGCUGCACCAUCUCGGCGAUGUUCAAUUGAGACACAGGGUCGAGUAUAUCAUCGCUUUCAGUCACGAUUUCGUCGGGGAAUUGCAAACCGAUCAGCUUCGUCGAUACAUCGAAAUUAAGCAGUCGGAUUUACCGUCGGCGGUCGCGGCUCGAAAGACGAGGGAGUUUCGUUGUCCGCCCAGGGAGCAGAUGAAAGCCAUACUGGGAUUCAAAAAUUUGGAAGAAGACGAUAGGGAAAAUUGUCCAAUCGGCGAGGAGCUAUGCGAGCAGUUGAAUAAGUUCCACGAGGAGCUCAUGUCUCAGGUGUCCCUGCACGCUUUGCAAGUGCCCGAAGAGGAAGCGGUCGACAUACAAAAGCCGGGCGCGCUGAAGAAGUUUUACAAUUUCAUCAACGCGGUCAAGGAGCUGGAGGAGGAGCCGAAGCCCGAGGAGCAACCCGCCCACGUGAUUCCCGAGCUGAAUUUCCGCAAGGUACUAAUCUCGACGAUCGUCCAUUGGGCGGAGGAGGCGCAGAUCGAGACGCCGAAAUUGGUUAGGGAAAUGUUCAGUCUGCUGGUGCGGCAGUACAAUUCGAUCGGAGAGCUGAUCCACGCGCUGGAAAAGACGUACAUAAUCAACGCGAAAACGAAGGGCGACGUUGCGGAGAUGUGGGUCGGGCUUAGCCAGAUUCGCGCGCUGUUGCCGGUGCAGAUGUCGCAGGAGGAGGAGGAGUUGAUGAGGGAGCGAUUAUGGAAAUUGGUUAACAAUCAUACGUUCUUUCAACACCCUGAUCUGAUCCGUAUUUUGCGUAUACACGAGAACGUGAUGGCGGUUAUGAUCAACACUUUAGGUCGCCGAUCCCAGACUCAGUCCGAUGCCAGCGCCCCCCAAGCGGAAGGUGAUGUAGCCGUUAAAGAAAAGGACACCUCUCACGAAAUGGUCGUCGCUUGCUGCCGUUUCCUUUGCUACUUCUGCCGCACGAGCCGUCAAAACCAAAAGGCGAUGUUCGAGCACUUAAACUUCCUCUUGGACAACAGCAACAUCCUGCUUUCGCGGCCGAGCUUACGUGGCUCCACCCCCUUAGACGUCGCAUACUCGUCCCUCAUGGAAAACACGGAGCUCGCGCUCGCACUCAGAGAGCAUUACCUGGAGAAGAUCGCGAUUUAUUUGUCGCGCUGCGGCCUGCAGUCGAAUUCUGAUUUGGUCGAGAGAGGGUAUCCGGAUUUGGGCUGGGAUCCGGUCGACGGCGAGAGGUACCUCGAUUUUCUCCGCUUUUGCGUUUGGGUGAACGGCGAGAGUGUCGAGGAGAACGCCAAUCUUGUUAUACGUUUGUUGAUUCGGCGACCCGAAUGUCUGGGGCCUGCACUGCGAGGGGAGGGUGAGGGAUUGUUGCGAGCGAUUAUUGACGCUAACAAGAUGUCGGAACGUAUAAGCGACAGAAGGAAGUUAAUGGAUGAAGCCGAAGGUACUGUUAACGUCUCCCACUUCGCCCAUCCUUUACCAGAGGGCGAUGGUGACGAAGACUAUAUCGACACCGGUGCGGCGAUUUUAAACUUCUACUGCACUCUCGUUGACCUUUUGGGCCGUUGCGCUCCGGACGCGGCCGUCAUUGCGCAGGGCAAAAACGAGUCGCUAAGGGCUAGAGCAAUUCUAAGAUCUUUGGUACCUUUGGAAGAUCUACAGGGCGUUUUGAGUUUGCGUUUUACCCUACACAAUCCGGCGGCCGGGGAGGAGCGACCAAAGUCUGAUAUGCCAUCAGGUUUAGUCCCGACCCAUAAGCAAUCGGUGGUCUUGUUUUUGGAACGUGUCUAUGGCAUAGAAACGGAGGAGCUGUUCUUUAAGCUCCUCGAAGAAGCGUUUCUACCUGACUUACGUGCUGCUACAAUGCUUGAUAGGAACGAUGGUAGCGAGUCCGAUAUGGCUUUAAGUAUGAAUCGCUAUAUCGGUAACUCGAUUCUUCCUCUUCUCAUACAACACAGCAAAUUCUACUCCGAAGCGGAAAACUACGCGUCGAUCUUAGACGCAACUCUACACACGGUUUAUCGCCUCUCCAAAAAUCGAAUGUUGACGAAAGGGCAACGUGAGGCUGUCUCCGAUUUUCUGGUCGCAUUAACUAGUCAAAUGCAACCGUCGAUGUUACUGAAACUGCUCCGCAAAUUGACCAUCGACGUCUCGAACCUGUCCGAGUACACGACCGUAGCGCUCCGACUACUCACGAUGCACUACGAUCGUUGCGCGAAGUACUACGGCUCGACGACCGGCCAGGGAUUGUACGGCGCUUCGUCCGACGAAGAAAAACGUCUCACCAUGAUGCUGUUCUCGAACAUUUUCGACUCGCUGAGCAAGAUGGACUACGAUCCUGAACUGUUCGGACGCGCCCUCCCCUGUCUGACCGCGAUCGGCUGCGCGUUACCGCCCGACUACUCCCUCUCGAAGAAUUACGACGACGAGUGGUACGCGAGCAAGACGGCGGCGAGCGGCCCCUCCGGUCCCGGCGGCCCCUACAAUCCCCAGCCGAUCAAUACCGCGUCCGUGCAGCUCAACAACGACCUGAACCAAAUCGUUCAGAAAUUCUCCGAGCACUACCACGACGCCUGGGCCUCGCGUAAGUUCGAAAACUCCUGGCAGUACGGCGAGGUGUGGUCGGACAGCAACAAAACCCACCCCCGCCUCAAGCCGUACGCGAUGCUCAACGACUACGAGAAGGAGCGCUACAAGGAGCCGGUGCGCGAAUCGCUGAAGGCCCUAAUCGCGAUCGGCUGGUCGGUCGAGCAUUCCGAAUCGGACGUGCCGACCAACAAGAACUCGAUCCGUCGAAGCUCGAAGAACGGCGAGUCGAAUUCGCCCUUCCACUACCACCCGCACCCGGUCGACACGACCAAUCUCACGCUGUCCCGAGAGAUGCAAAAUAUGGCGGAGCGACUCGCCGAAAACGCCCACGAUAUCUGGGCGAAAAAGAAGAAGGAGGAACUGAUCACUUGCGGCGGAGGCAUACAUCCGCAACUGGUGCCUUAUGACCUGCUCACGGAUAAGGAGAAGCGAAAGGACCGCGAGAGGUCGCAGGAGUUUUUGAAAUAUCUACAGUAUCAGGGAUACAAGUUGCACAAGCCCUCGCGCGAAACCGACACCGACACCGAGAAGACCGCGACCGGACCGUCGGUCGAACUUCGGUUCGCCUACAGUCUGUUGGAGAAGCUGAUUCAGUACGCCGAUCGCGCCACGAUUAACAUGAAGAUUUUGAAGCCGUCUGCCAUCUUCAGUCGACGUUCCACUUUUAAAACGUCGACGCGCGACAUCGUCUUCUUCUCGAAGGUCGUCCUGCCGCUGAUGGAGAAGUACUUCUCGACGCAUCGCAACUAUUUCAUAGCCGUCGCGACCGCGACCAACAACGUUAGCGCCGCCAGUUUGAAGGAGAAGGAAAUGGUGGCGGCACUGUUCUGCAAGCUGGCCAGCUUGCUUAGGAGCCGACUGUCGGCCUUCGGUGCCGACGUUCGUAUAACGGUCCGUUGCCUUCAGGUGCUCGUGAAGGGAAUCGAUGCGAAAUCGCUCGUCAAAAACUGCCCCGAGUUCAUCCGCACCUCCAUGCUGACCUUCUUCAAUAAUACCGCCGACGACUUGAUGCACGCCAUCGUUAACUUGCAGGAGGGAAAGUACAGCCAUCUGCGCGGUACCCACCUGAAGACGUCCACUUCGCUGUUUUACGUUAAUUCGGUGAUCAUGCCGGUCCUAACGGCGUUAUUCGAUCAUCUUGCCAAUUGCGAGUACGGCACGGACCUCUUGUUGGAUGAGGUCCAAGUGGCUUCCUACAAGAUUAUGUCGGCCCUUUACCAGUUGGGCACCGACACGACCUUGACCCACGAUCGCAAGUACCUGAAGACCGAGAUCGAACGCUACAAGCCGGCUUUGGGCUCGUGUCUCGGCGCGUUCAGCUCGACCUUCCCCGUCGCGUACCUGGAGCCCCACCUCAACAAGAACAAUCAGUUCUCUCUGCUGAACCGCAUCGCCGAUCACUCGCUCGAGGCGCAGGACAUCAUGGCGCGAAUGGAGACGUCGAUGCCGACCCUCGAGACGGUCCUCGGCGAGGUCGAUCAGUUCGUCGAAAGCGAUCGGACGUACGCCGACGCGCCGCACAUCAUCGACGUGAUAAUGCCGAUGCUUUGCUCUUACCUGCCGUUCUGGUGGCAGCAAGGGCCCGACAACGUCAGCCCGACCGGAGGCACGCACGUGACGAUGGUCACGGCCGAGCACAUGAAUCAGCUGCUGAAGAACGUUCUCAAAUUGAUCAAGAAGAAUAUCGGCAACGACAGCGCACCUUGGAUGACCCGCAUUGCCGCUUACACCCAACAGAUCAUAAUCAACAGCAGCGAAGAGCUCCUCAAGGAUCCGUUCCUGCCCCUAGCCGAACGUGUGAAAAAACGAACGGAAACCAUGUUCCACAAGGAGGAGAGCUUGCGAGGUUUCAUUAAGGGCUCCACCGACGAUACGUCACAGUUUCAUUGA